UUUGAAACGUUUGACCAAAGCUUCAGACAAUUGAUGGACUCUUCAGUGAACCUCUGAGUGUGUCGUAUAUUAUCUCAAUAUCACACCAAUUGGUGCCACCAUUAGUCACACAAUGACUGAAAUGUUGGAAAGUGUUUCCGAGAUCUUCAUGUCUUACAUGAAUAGCCAUCAACUAAUUGGUAACCAAUUAUCAGUGAUACUCACAUUUGUGGUCAUUUUGAUGGCAAUAGUCUUCGCCGUAAAUGUGGUCCGAAAGCUGAGGCCUAAAGUGAGACGAAUGACUCGAGUAAUUCUUCCGGAUCCAACACUUCCACGGUUUCGCAAAAGAGAUAAAGUCUUGUUUUACGGCCGAAAGAUGUUGAGGUCUGUCCGCUCGUCACUCCAGGCAACAGGUCGAUAUCGGGGCAAAAAACGUCAGAUUGUCUUACGGUUUGCCAAACGAUUGCUUCGUAUAAAGAGAGACCAGCCGUUGACUCUUCAAGUGAGCGAACCCUCGCAGGCCUUCUUGGAGGAGGAGAUCGGCGAUCAGUGCGAACAACCACUUCCUCCAGAAGUGAUAUAUAUGUUGAAAAGUAUUCGUGUCUUUGGAUUCUUCGAUAAACCAUUAUUUCUGGAAUUGUGUAAAAAUCUUGAGUUCUUAACGGUUCCGAAGGGACAGCACUUGUUCUCAAUCGGAGAUCCAGACGACAGUAUAUUUAUUGUGCAAACGGGUCGACUCCAGGUGUCGAUCACUGAAUCCGAUGGCAAUGAUCUCAUAUUAAAAGAGGUAUCGGUGGGUGAAUCGAUUGCGAGUAUGCUUUCAGUGAUGGAUGUCUUGACGGGACAUUUGGCGCCUUUUAAGACGGUGUCUGCAAAAGCCAUUGAAGAGAGUGUUAUAAUUAGACUACAAGUGGUUCUCUUCAAGCAAUUGCUGGAGAAAUAUCCCGAAUCAUUGGUUCGUGUGGUGCAAGUGAUUAUGGUUCGCCUCCAAAGGGUCACAUUCACUGCUUUACACCAUUACUUGGGUCUCACCACUCAAUUGCUGAACCCCGGUCCCAUCAACAAGAGGGCAAACAUAGGCUCUACUGUACAGACAUUACAAACUAAUUUGGGUGCGAGUCCUCUCAAAACAAGCCCCACUCGUCCCACAAGUCUCUUAGCUUAUAGUCGCCAACAUUCGCACUCGUAUUCAGGAACUGAAUCUUUAGAUCUGAAGCAAAUGCUGAAAGACAUGGCUAAUAGCGAACAGAACUCAGAACCGGAGCAACACUUAGAAGAGUCCACUCUUUGUGACCAAAAUCCAACAGAAAGAAAGAGAUCAGACUUAGAAUCCCCGCGAAGACAGAAGUCAUUGAACACAUACUUCGGUCCGCCAGAGAACCAAAGGAAGAAGCGCCGAACCUCUUUGGUUCUGAAUGAGACACAAAUCCAGAUUCAGGGCUUAUCUGACGACGAGAUCUUUAAUAUUGCUGUCGAAGGACUUCUGCAUCACUUGAAUAUAGAAGACGAAGAACUCGUCAAAAGGAAACUCAUUGUUAAGGAAUACAAUUCCGGUGUUUGUCUGACGAGUGAAGAUACACACGAAGAAAAUAAUCUGUUUUACGUGUUGUCCGGAUCUAUAAUAGUGACACAAAAGUCGAUUGAUAAGGACCAGGAGAACAACCUUUACGUGGUAUAUCCGGGAGAAAUAGUGGGCGCACUGUCUGUCAUAACAGGCGAGCCCUCACUCUUUACUAUCAAAACGCGUCAGUCCUGUAAAGUGGGAGUCAUUACGAAAGACAACAUUUACGACAUACUGACAGAACAUCCGAAGUCUGUGCUUCAUUUGGCGCACGCAGUGGUCAGACGUUUGUCACCAUUUGUUAGACAAAUAGAUUUUGCAUUGGAUUGGAUUCACUACGAGUCGGGUCGUGCUAUCUAUAGACAGGGAGAUAAAUCUGACUGCACUUACAUUGUAUUGAGUGGACGGUUGCGGUCAGUGAUCACUCGACCCAAUGGUAAAAAGGAAUUUGUGGGCGAAUACGGAAAGGGAGAUCUUGUAGGGCUGGUAGAAGUGAUUACUCAUACACAGCGCUCGACCACAAUCAUGGCGGUCAGGGAUUCAGAAUUGGCUAAACUGCCCGACGGGUUAGUGGAAGCUAUCAAAAUCAAAUAUCCAGUGGUUGUCACUCGACUCAUACACCUAUUGGGCCACCGAUUGCUCGGAAACCUUCACCACAACAUUCGCGGCCAAACACAUACGUUGAGCGCUCAGACAUUUUCGGCCACAGAAAUGGGUUGGCGUCCGACCGGCUCUAACUUUACGACUGUAGCCCUAUUGUCAGUGACAGAUGAUGUGCCGCUUCAAGCGUUCACAAUGGAGUUAUACCACGGAUUGACAUCCAUUGGAGCCGUUUCUCAUUUGACUUCAGAGUUUGUGAGGAAGUCUUUGGGUCCGACAGCUCUUGAGAAGCAGUCGGAAUACCGUCUCUGCUCGUGGUUAGGACAGCAGGAGGAUCAGCACCGGAUCGUUCUCUAUCAGUGCGACAAUCACUUCUCGACGUGGACUCAGAGGUGUAUACGACAGGCCGACUGUAUAUUAAUGAUAGCACUGGCAGAUCAGGAGCCAUCGGUCGGCAACGUUGAGAAACAGUUGGAACACCUGGCCGUCAGAACGCAGAAGGAAUUGGUUUUACUACAUAAACCCGAUUCACUGAAACCACAAAAUACGGUUUUGUGGCUUAACAUGAGGUCCUGGUGCUCAUCACACCAUCACAUCCGAUGCCCUAAAAGAAUGUUUACGAAGAGAUCGCUGGCAAAGACCAAAGAAGUAUACGCAGCGCUCUUUAAUAACCCGCCAUCCAUUCACUCAGACUUAUCACGUUUGGCUCGCUUUCUCACCGGAACCUCAAUUGGCUUAGUAUUAGGCGGCGGAGGGGCCAGAGGGGCCGCACACGUCGGUAUGAUUAAAGCCAUUACUGAGGCUGGAAUUCCUAUUGAUAUGGUUGGAGGUGUGAGUAUCGGAGCUUUUAUGGGUGCGCUUUGGUGUCAAGAGAACAAUAUCACAACUUUCACCCAAAAAGCUCGCGCCUGGUCUCAUGGCAUGACUUCGUACUGGAGACAGAUCUUAGACCUGACAUAUCCCGUGACGGCUAUGUUCACCGGACAUGCAUUCAAUCGAUCCAUAUAUGAAGUGUUCAAUGAAAGACAAAUAGAAGAUCUAUGGCUCCCAUACUUCACACUCACGACUGACAUAACGAGUAGUUGUCCGCGAGUUCAUAGACACGGCUCGCUCUGGCGAUAUGUGCGCUCAAGUAUGUCAUUGUCUGGAUAUUUGCCACCCCUUUGUGACCCAAUCGAUGGUCACCUUCUGCUGGACGGCGGAUAUGUAAACAAUUUGCCGGCGGAUGUGAUGCGCGACGUGAUGGGCGCGGAGACCAUUCUGGCCAUCGAUGUGGGCUCACAGGACGUGACAGAUAUGACCAAUUAUGGCGAUACCCUAAACGGCUGGUGGUUGUUGUGGAAGCGCUGGAACCCCUUCUCAGCGCCCGUUCGAGUGCCAAAUCUGCCUGAAAUCCAGUCCCGUUUGGCUUAUGUUAGUUGUGUUAAGCUGUUGGAAGAGGUGAAAGGUAGCGAUUACUGCACAUACAUUCGGCCGCCAAUCGAUAAGUACAAGACUCUGCAAUUCGGCAGUUUUGACGACAUAAUGGACGUCGGCUUAAAUCACGGCAAAGUGCUGUUCGCAGCCAUGCGUUUGGGACAACAGAAGUCAUUGCAUUCACUGUUACAUAAGGAGCGCUCCAAAGUGCAGAACCUGUCGGGCGUUCAAAUGGACGGACACACGACGUUCACAGACUUGGCUGAGAGGGUCUGCAAGAUAAAGGACCCGAACUCUAAUCAAUUGAGUUUAAGUCAAUUCGAAGACAUCUCCGAAGACGAGGACGAAUACAUGUCUGAACCCGACUAUCUGGCCAUCGGCACCGAUACGGACACCGACUCAGCGCCCAAAUUGAAGCAAAGAAAGAUCAGUACUAUGUUCUGAUUGUCUUAUAUUCAACUCAUUUUAAUAUAG